UCGAGCGUGAAGCAAGAAAGCGCUCCGUACGCGUUUUGGUCUUGUCCUGUGCUUUGUCGCUUUGUUUGCUUGAUCUAGCUUCUCAGUCCGUUCACAGCGGGCACGCACACCCAACAACUUUAUCUCGCCAAGAGACACAGAGAGAGAGAGAGAGUGUGUGUGUGCGUGCCGAGAAAAAAAAAAAAAUUCUCCUCGGGUCAAACGUUCAGUUAGGUCGAUGUUUUACGUUAUUCGUUUCGGACGGACGUGACGGUGACGUGAGGACGGGGUUCUCCUGUCAGACCCGCUGUGUGGGACAAGCCAUCCCCGUUUGCUGGCUGCCGUUCUAUGACAGCCAUGACACUUUUUCACGUUCGAGAUUUGGGAUUGUUCUCAAGGCUAUGGGAUCAUGGCCGCCGUCAACGCCGAUGGGACUGUGGCAAUGGCCUACAGAGGUGUAACGGAGCGUUUUUUUUUUGUUUGUUGUUGUUGUGUGCGAUGAUGUAACGGAUCGCCUCACGCUUUUUGCGCAGCCGACGAGGAAAUAGAUUGUCGAUGACUUUGUCGAAGUUUUACUCUCUCAUGACAACUUCCCGUUCUUUUUAUAGGUUCGUUUCCGAUUUUCUUAACUGAGUUUUUAACGAGGAAUCGUGUUUUUAGGAUAUGAAACGACGGGCCUUUUCGGGCUGAUUGUGAAGAGAUGAAAGGGUGAGCAUGAAUGACAGCAGUAGGCAGGCUUCCGUUCCUGCAGCCUUGCCUGGAAGCUAUGCCCCAGCAACUUCACACCCGCCAUCUAUGGGGCCGGGCCCGGGACCCGGUCCUUCGGCGUUCUUGGGACAAGAAGCUUGGAUGGGAACGCCACCUCAUCUAGCUUCGCCGUAUCCUGUGAUGGCUGGUCCUUGUCCGCCAGAUUUUCCUUUAUCGGACUCUGUUCGACCUGGUCUGUUUCCGGGAGGAUUUAAUUCGGGACCGGGACCGCAGGGCUUUCUUCAUCCAUCCAACACAUUGGAUCCUCGUGGUCAGUCACCAACUUUAUUUGGAAAAGUAUCGAAUGCGCCACAUUUUUCGUCCCCUUUCCCGUCGGGAGUUCCUUUUUCUUCUCCUCAUAUGGCAUUUCACCCGUCGGCUUCAAAUUAUCAAAACAAUAAUUUUACAAAAAAUGAAGGGAUGCCUCCUAGAUCGUCCUCUUCAGAUAUUCCAACAACUACAUCCAGUCAAGAUAAUCCUCCCGAAGGACUUUCUGCUAGAUUAUUAGAUAAAAGUCCCAAUUCUAGAUCAAAUGAAAAUGUGCCAACUUCAAAUCCCCCAUCAAGGGAGGGUACUCCUUCUGGAAAUGUAGGUUACAGGCCAUGGGAACAAGUAGGAGGAGCAGAAUUUCCUUCCAGUCAGCCAGCUACUCCAGGUGUACAGGAUACUGGGCAAAGGCCACCAAGUGCUCAAUCUGAUAUACAAACUUCUGCCACUCCUGCACAAGGAACUCAUGAAUCAGAAAGAGUGACUUUUCAUUCUACUGAUUACAUACAAAAAGGACAAAAGGCAAAUGAACAAAAUAUAGAAAGGAUUGGCACUCCAAAUAGACCACCAUCACAUAUGUCUUCAGGUCUUUCUCCUGUAGAUUCAGGAGAAAGACCACAAGCACCAUCUGAGGGUCCAGAAUUAAAUGAUCCAGGAGAUCGUGAUAAACUGCAAAAUAUGACCCCUCACUUGCAAGUUCUAGGUCCACCAGGUACAAACCCAAUGUCUUCCACACACAUGAGCAGAGGCAAUCCUCCUUAUAACAAUAAUAUGCCAUAUUCAGGAGGAACACCACCAUUUAUGCAUCUAACUGGCCAUCCACAACAAAUUCCUUACAUGGGGCCUCAUUUAGGCACAGGCUUCCCAGAUUCAAAGCAGCUCAAAAUGGAACCUGAUUCUUCCACAGCAGACCUGAGAGGUAAUGCUGAAAAUACUUUCCAAGUGCCUUCGGUCUCUUCCACCACCUCGCGUCCAGGUGUUUCUGCUAUGGCUACACUGUCGCUUCCAAAUGAACAUUGGGAAGGGAUGAAUUCUGCUGUUGCUGCAGGUUUACCUACGAAUCAGGAUCCAGAAAAGGUACCUAAGAAGAAAAGAAAAAGAUGUGGAGAAUGUCCUGGAUGCCUGAAAAAAGACAAUUGCGGGGAGUGUGGUCCCUGCAAGAGUGUACGUAGUCAUCAAAUAUGCAAGAUGAGGAAGUGUGACCAAUUAAAAACUAAAAAAGAAAAAGUAAGUGCUGCUAAGAAAGAAAGCCAAACUCCUCCCAUUCGUAGCACUGGCGUAGAGGGUGACCGAAGUAUCAAUGGUAACCAAUCUUAUCCUGGUGAACCUGGAUCUGACCCACAACACAGGGUAAGUAAAAUGGAGAUUAACUCGUUACGUAUGAAUUAACCGAACGGAAAUUGAAUUUCCUGUUUAACAAAUUAAUUAAUAGCACAAAAGCAAUUUUAAAAAUUGAUUUUUAUAAAAU